AUGGAAAGUAUUCAAGCCAGCAGCAACAGAAAAGAUGUUGAGCGUCACAAAUCCCCAAAAGUUAGCUCGGAAACGAAGCAACGCUUAAAUGUUAAUUGUUGUACUACCAGCAAAAAGAAAGCACUUUUUCGUCGGUGCCGUCCAAGGGAUGGUUAUCCUCAAGCGAAAUCAUCCCAGCUUAAACCAUACAAUGCAUUUACACCAUUAAAUGAGCUAGGUCAAACGUCUAUUAUUGUUCCUGGAGUAAACAACGGAUUUUGUAAUUCUUUCGAAGCAAACCAAAGCUAUCCAAGCGUAGGUAUCCGAAGAAGGUAUCUUCGACUAGUGCAAAAUCAGAUCAACACAAUUGUGUCCCCGAUAUUGCUUUCUUGCGAUUCAACAACCAACAUGGAUCGGGUUCGCGUUGACGGCUCAAAUGGUGUACGCUUUACAGCUUUCCGUCCGAAAGGUGGAUGCUAUCCGCCGCAAGCGGGUUCAGCAGCGCUACAAUACAACACCUCCUUCGUUGCAUCCACUUCUGAAUCGAUCGGUAGACUUCCAAAGAGCGACAUUAAUCCUAACAAAGCCGUCUUUACAAUAGAUUCAAAAACAUCGCGUAUACUAAUCGUAAAUCGUAAUGCCUGCGAGCUACUGGGGUACAAUUCGAAGGAGCUGUGCGGAAUGGAGUUCACUAGUUUGUUGCUGAGCAAGAACAAAAUGCACGUGUCUGCUUUAGCGGAAGGUCAGCUUAACAGUGAGGAUGGAACGGUGAUAAUACUAAGUGGAAAAGUGGUGGAGCUUGGCACAAAACAUGCGGACAAAAGUGUCGCCGUUUCGCUGUGGGUUAGACAGAUCGAUAACGAAGGCAAACGGUGCCUAGCUGUGGCCGAACCUGUAGAAAGGAGGGUUGCGCAAUUGCUUUUAGAUCAAAAUGGAUGCAUCAUCUCUGGUGAUAAUGAAGCCUUGAUGCUCUUUCAACUGGAUUCGGUAGACAAGUUCAUCGGGAUGGACGUAACACUGCUAAUACCCGCCAUCCAGUUGCCAGAUACGGCCGACAGUAGUCACCUGAUCGCCAAGCAUAUCAGAAAACAAAAGGCUACUGGCAAAACACAGGAUGGAGUUUCGUUUCCGUUAUGCCUCCUGAUCUCACAUCAUGAAACCGGAACCGGGACCACUGAUACCACUGACAGUGGCUUGUCGAAUCCAAACGCACUGUUGUACAUGGUGACGAUUUGGGUUUACACAAAUUUAUCUGGUCUAUUGGUUAUCGAUGAAAAUUCCGUGAUAGAAUCGUGCAAUCAUCAUUUCUCGAUGCUGAUGUUUGGCAUUCCCCAAAGCAAAACGAUAGGAGAGCACAUCACUAAGUUGAUACCCAACUUUGGGCAAGAAAGCGAUUGCUUCACGAGAAGCCGCAAUGCAACGCUUUCCUCGCUAGACAACGAUGAGUCUGAAACAGAGACAGACCACGUGGAGCUGGAGAACAACAAGGAUGGAAACUUCUUGCCAAAUUCAUUGAACGAUAGCAAACAUGAAGCCCCUUGUGGUCCGAUUAGUCCUGCAAAGGAACCACGCCAAGUUUGUCUUGAUUUUACUAACGCCUCGCACAGUGGCAAACGCUCCUACAACAAUUCGGUGGCGGGUGCUGGUAAAUUGCCACUUCCAGCUGUUUCGGUUACAGAAGAUUCAAGUGCACUCGAUAUGAGAUGUGUGAACAGUACAACGGGCAAGGCUUCUGAAGUAAAGGCCGAAAGCACAUAUUAUGCAGAGGACAAUAGCGAAAAUAAUCGAAAUUAUGCCAAUGUAACAAAUUCGCAAAACAGUCAUGCCUUAAAGCCCGGUACUUCAACAUUACCAGCAACAGCGCUACCGGUUGAUGUAUUAACUAGUUCGGCUACUUCAACAACAACACCAUCAGCAGCAGGAGACGUCGAUAGGGAAACGGUUAACAAGUCGUCUGUAUGCCACGUCUUGGCCUCAGAGGACAAUUCAAAUGUGAAUGAAUGUGAUUUGCUAACGCCUGUUAACGAAAAUUCUUUGUGUAUGAAUUUGUUAAAUUCAAAAAACAUCACCAUCAACGAAAACAAAAGUUCACUGUACACUUCGGAAGAUAUAAAUUUGGCACUGCUUAAAGAUAGUACACCGGCCAGUGCGCCACCUGUUAUGGUAACACCACGAUAUGUGAAACCGUUCGAGCUUUCCAAAGCAGGAGGAACGAUUGUUACUUCCACUCCUGCUGAUCAGCACAAACGCCAUUCAGCCGGUGGCGGUGGUAUUAACGAUGCAUUUGGGCAAAGAUCCGGCAACUCUGCCAAACGAAUAUCGUACGCUGAUGGCAAGUACAGAGGAGAAGCCAUUCAUCAUGAUGGUAACGUGAUAGAUAUUAUUUAUACCAUCUCGAGUCAGAUGCUACCAUGCGGUCGGAGGGUGUAUUGUAUUUGGAUUUGUCGAGAUCCGGAGUCGUCCUUCAACGUUUUGGAAGAUGCAAAUGUUACGCUUACCUUCAACAGCAUCACUAGCACGAUCGAUAACUCGAUGGGACAUGCUGGCAAGAGUACUACGGCGGCGGCAACAACGGUGAAUGCUAGCGGCGGUCAGAGUCGGCCAAAUUCGGUAUCUCUGGUAUCGCAAUGCGAGGAAGAGCAGGUAUUUGGGGAAUAUAACAAGCACUACACAACCAUUAAGCAAAUAGGCAAAGGCGCAUACGGUUAUGUGAAGCUUAGCUACCGCAACUCGGACCGACUGCUUGUGAUAUCGAAGUUCAUUUUGAAGGAAAAGCUUUGCUCCAAUUUUAUGAUCACCACUGAUGCCGAUAAAAAGGAUAUUCCUAUGGAGAUUUAUUUGUUGACGCACGUGCAACAUCGCAACAUCGUGACCGUGUUUGACGUGUUUGAGAAUGAAAAGUUUUUCCAACUCGUCAUGGAAGUGCACGGCUCGGGAAUGGAUCUGUUCGAGUUCAUUGACCGUCGGCCGGCUUUAACGGAAAAGCUGGGAUGUUAUAUAUUCCGCCAGAUUGCCAAUGCUGUUGAUUACCUGCACUCGCUAAAUAUUCUGCACCGCGACAUCAAGGAUGAAAACAUUAUCAUAGAUCAGCAUUUUCACGUGAAACUGAUCGACUUUGGUUCGGCCACCUUCAUGCAGGAGGGCAAACUGUUCUCUACGUUCUACGGUACGACGGAAUAUUGCAGCCCCGAGGUGCUGGCAGGAAAUAAGUACGCUGGACCUGAGCUAGAAAUGUGGUCCCUAGGAGUGACGUUGUACGUGCUGAUGUUUUUCGAGAACCCAUUUCUAGACAUCGAAGAAACAUUAAAGUCGGAGCUAAUCAUACCACAGGAGAUAAGUCCGGAAUUGGAGUACGUCCUGUUUGCGCUGCUCGAUAAGAACCCGAAAACACGAAUCUCUAUGAAAGCGUUGAUUGGGACUGAAUGGUUGAUGCAGGAUAUCAAUCCAUUAGCGUUUAACUUUGCCCAAAUAGUGCCCUGUGAAACGUACGAAGUAAAUCCUGAAAAGUACUACAACGGGCAGAUUUACUCUAGUCAAACUGGCCUUUCAACAUCGCCUCACAGCUUAUCGCUGGUGGACGACGAUGAAGACGACGACGACGACGAAGAUGACGGUUGCGAUGAAGAUGAUGAGCCUAAUGAUGAUGAUGAUGAGGUUAAUAUUGAUGAUUCUUUCAUCGAUCCGGAGGAACUACAGGAAGACAACUUUAUGCGCUGUCCAUUGUCAAACGAAGAGGAAAAUAACCUGGAUAGAUCUUGUGAUGAAUGCAAUGUUCGGGAACUUCAUAUCGCCAAUAGUAUAUCUUUGCAAGGCAACAACAGCCUCAAGAUGCAGCCUCACACUGACACGCUAAAAUCUUCCUUGUCACGUGUUAAGCAGAGCGGUUUAGCUGAAGACUCGUUGGCAGCAGACUCAGUUAAUACUCCUCCGCUGGUUUGCGCUGCAGGAGGUGGUGGUGAGAUAACGAAGCUCAUUUCCGCCGCCGCCGCCGGAAACAGUAGCAGCGUUGUUGUGUGUGGUCACGAUACUGUGUACAUGUCCAGUGUGUUAGAUUGUAACGAGCGUAUUCCUAACAAUAUGUCCUUAUCGGCGACUAUGCAAUGCAAUGCAAUGACAACAUCACUAUCGUCGUCGAUGCACACAAAUAGCAACGAAGAUACUAUCAAGCAGCAACCGCCUAAACCCUGCAAUCCCAUGCAAUGCAUGCAUGACUCUAGUUGUUGUACGACACCUUCUCUUGCACUACCGGCUUGUUCGAUACUGAUGUGCACCAUGGUGCCACCAUACUCGAUACUCAACAGUGGCGACAGCUGCUGCAGUAGCAUUACUAACAUGAGCAGCUGUUGUAGCUUGGAGGAACAUCAGCUACCGAACUACCACCAUUGUCAGGAUGAUAGCACAAGUAGCACGAGUGCUGCUGCUGAAACGCCCACAAAUGAAACGCCGGAGUUGGGCCAAGCACAAGCAUUUUUCACGAAACCUUCAUCCAUCAAGAAACACACAUUCGAUGAAGCAACUUCAAACUUGUUGCUGUUGGACACGCGACAUUAUGCGGCGUCGUCGUCUUCCACCAGUCCUUGCAGCUCUCUUACGUCCUCUAAAUCGGAGAACAACAUUUUCGAUGGACAUUUUGCCACGUUCAGCUCCAUAUAUGACGUUGUCAGCAUGGAUAACGUGACCGAUGCGGCGAGUGUGACUGCCCCGGAGCUGUCGGAUAUACUCCCGUUUCAUGGCUGUGCCAUUGACGAUCUUUCGCGGCCACCUCCACCGCUUUCGCUUCCCGUAGCGUUGAAAGGUAGCGUUAACAAUGGAGAACUUGUGCCGCCCCGCUGGCGAGUGGAGAAAAAAUAG